AGGAGGCGGGGUCCUCGGAAUGAGGCGCGGAGCUGUUCGCUGCUCCAGGUGCUGAGUCCGGACGCGAGAGCCGCUGUCACCACCACCGCCGCCGCUGCAGUUACCGCCGGGAAGCCGGGCCCGGGAGAAGCCCGGAGGAGCUGGGCGCGCUGCAAGGCGCUGACCGCCCUCCCGCCUCUCUGAGGUCCUGACUGCAGUGCCGCCCCUGUGCAGCAGGAAGGUCAAGGCCGUGGACCCUCAGGUGGCCCAGUAUGGCCCACUGAGGUGAACCAUGACCGACUGGCCACUGCUCACCACUGACCACCCCGAGUCGCAUCUCACCCAGAGGUGACCCUCCUCCAGCGGCCCCUGCCCGGCCCCACCCAGGACCGUGCCCACCCCGCCACGGACACCAUGUAGAGGGGCCGCCGCGGCGCCCAGGGAGCUGCGAUGGUUUUGUACACGACCCCCUUUCCUCACAGCUGUUUGUCCGCCCUGCACGCUGUGUCCUGGGCCCUCAUCUUCCCAUGCGUCUGGCUGGUGGACCGGCUCCUGGCCUCCUUCAAGCCCACCACCUACGAGAAGCGCCAGCGGGCGGACGACCCGUGCUACCUCCAGCUCCUCUGCACCGUGCUCUUCACGCCCGUCUACCUGGCCCUCCUGGUGGCCUCACUGCCCUUUGCCUUCCUGGGCUUCCUCUUCUGGUACCCGCUGCAGUCGGCCCGCCGGCCCUACGUCUACUCCCGGCUCGAGGAUAAGGGCCCCGGCGGCGGGGCGGCCCUGCUCAGUGAAUGGAAGGGGACGGGCCCUGGCAGGAGCUUCUGCUUCGCCACCGCCAACCUCUGCCUCCUGCCCGACUCCCUGGCCCGGUACAACAACCUGUUUAACACGCAGGCGCGGGCCAGGGAGAUUGGGCAGAGGAUCCGCAACGGCGCCAGCCGGCCCCAGAUCAAGAUCUACAUCGACUCGCCCACCAACACCUCCAUCAGCGCGGCCAGCUUCAGCAGCCUGGUAUCCCCGCAGGGCGGCGAUGCGGUGACCCGGGCCGUCCCCGGGAGCAUUAAGAGGACGGCCUCGGUGGAGUACAAGGGCGAAGGCGGGCGGCACCCCAGUGAAGAGGCAGCCAAUGGCCUGGCCUCGGGGGACGCGAUCGACGGGGGCAGCCUGGAGGACGCCUGCAUUGUGCGCAUCGGCGGCGAGGAGGGGGGCCGGGCCCCGGAAUCCGAGGACCCCCCCACGGCGGUCCAGGCCAGGAACGGCACCGGCGGGGGCCCGCGAGGCCAGACGCCCAACCACAGCCCGCGGGACGGGGACGCGGGGAGCCUGGUGGGCAGCCCCUCGGCCUCCCGGGAGUCCCUGGUGAAGGCGCGGGACGGCGAGGACCCGGGAGCCACCAACAGCAAGCCUCCCACCAAGGCCUCGGUGGCGAAGAAGGCGGCCACACGCCGGCGGCGACACCCCGACGAGACCUUCGACCACGAGGUCUCCGCCUUCUUCCCCGCCAACCUGGACUUCCUGUGCCUGCAGGAGGUGUUCGACAAGCGUGCGGCCGCCAAGUUGAAAGAUCGGCUGCACGGCUACUUCGAGUACGUCCUGUACGACGUGGGCAUCUACGGCUGCCACGGCUGCUGCAGCUUCAAGUUCCUUAACAGCGGCCUCUUCUUCGCCAGCCGCUACCCCAUCAUGGACGUGGCCUAUCACUGUUACACCAACGGGAGAGGCACCGACGGGCUGGCCUCCAAGGGAGCGCUGUUUCUCAAGGUGCAGGUGGGAAGCACAGCUCAGGACCAAAGAAUCGUCGGGUACAUCACCUGCACGCACCUGCACGCCCUGCCAGAGGACAGCGCCAUCCGCUGCGAGCAGCUGGACAUGCUUCAGGACUGGCUGGCUGAUUUCCGAAAAUCUACCUCCUCGUCCAGCACAGCCAACCCCGAGGAGCUGGUGGCGUUCGACGUCAUCUGCGGAGACCUGAAUUUCGACAACUGCUCGUCGGACGACAAGCUGGAGCAGCAACACUCCCUGUUUACACGCUACAAGGACCCCUGCCGCCUGGGGCCCGGGGAGGAGAAGCCCUGGGCCAUUGGCACCCUGUUGGACCAGGACGGCCUCUACGACGAGGACGUGGCCACCCCUGACAAUCUGCAAAAGGUUCUGGAGAGCGAGGAGGGCCGCCGGGAGUACCUGGCCUUCCCCAGCAGCAAGAGCCCAGGGGGGUGCCAGAAGGGGCGCAAGGACCUGCUGAAGGGAAACGGCCGGCGCAUCGACUACCUGCUGCACGCCGAGGAGGGGCUGGGCCCAGACUGCAAGGCGGAUGUGGAAGAGUUCAUCUUUGUCACCCAGCUGGCGGGCCUGACCGACCACCUCCCGGUGGCCAUGCGACUGAUGGUGUCUUCGGGAGAGGAGGAGGCUUAGAGUGGCCCCAUCGGCGGGAGCAGUGGGCUCCGCCGGCCCUCGGAGCUUCUGGGGGGGGCCCUGCCUUGGGCCCCCUUCUCUCGACUGCAGCGCCUCCCGGUGCCAGGGGAGCCACGGCCCGUGCCCACGCGCUGGAUGCCGCCGCCCUGCACCUCUGUGCUCCUGCCUCGGCCCGGUGGAGCCAGGCCGCCUGGGGCCCCGCUGCCCAACCAGUGCCAUUCUUCGACCACGAGAUUUUCUACGAUUCUACAGCACAACCUAGUUUGUACGCAGUGGGUCAGUGUGGGAACCGGGGUUCCGGACUCUAUCUCCUUGAGCUUCGUCCAGGGUUCAUCGUCCUCGUCUGCUGCCAUGUUGUCUCGCAUGCCCGCACCCUCGCAUGCCCGCUGUCCGCAUGCCACGUGCCACGCCGUAGCCACAGACCUCUCACUCGGGCCUCACCCAAGGCCGAACUCCAAACACAAUCAGAACCAGCCAAAGAAGCACUUCCCGGGCACAGGGCUGCCAGUCGGCCCCCACGGGCCAGGCAGGGGCCUCCCUGGGGCCACGCACUCAUGGGUGAUCACACGCCAGAGGAAAAGCAGAAUGCAGCCUGCCAGCCAGCCUUCCCGCCUGCUCGCGCCGAGAUGGGCCGGCCCCUCGGCUCCAGAGGUGCCUGAUGCGGCCCUGCCCGAGGUGGGAAGGCAGAGGGCAUCACCUUCUUACAGGAAGAGCUCACAUGGGGGGAGGGAGGGGGCUUCUGGUUUUGAAAAUAAGAUUUGUAGCUUCUUUUCGAUCAGAACCAACACUUGCUCUCUGCCUGGCCAUCUCCCCCCGCCCCCACCGGCCGGCUGAGCUCAGGAACCAUCUGCCCACCUGUGGGUGGGGCAGGCCAGGGCGGCAGGGGCAGGGCCCACUGUGUGCCUGCAGCAAGGCACAGGGCUGACUGGUCCCCAGCACACUGAUGGCAACUGGGCCACCAGGCCAGCCCAGGACCUGCAGCCCAGGCCUCCCACCCCCUUGCCCAUAAACACACCCAGAGACAUAGCAGACCCCAAGUCGACCCCCGAGUCGGGUGCAAGGUUUCUCCCCCCCCCGAGACUGUUCUCAGCCACCCCCACUGACCUUGUGCCCAGCCCACGAUGCUGUGCCUUGUCCCUGCAAGCACCAGUCCCGCACAGGUGCGGCGGGGCGGGCCUAUCUGGAGACACUGAGGUGGCACCAAUUUGCCUGCACCCCCCUGGCCUGGUCCGUGGCCGGGCGGAGGCCCCACGGCAGGGGCAGUUUCCCCGGCCAGCCCGUCUCCCCGACCCGUGCUGGGCUGCUCUGCCUGGCUGGGACUGUGCCCCUCCUCCAGGGUUUUGGCGAGGCUGCGUGGGGGCACCGGGCCCCCACUCCCGGGUGGAGCCCCAGGCUGGGAAUAGCUGCGGGGAGACAGAGGUCGGGCUCCUGACACAGCCAAGUCCCAGCAAAUGUCCCGGCCUCGGACGGCCGCCUGCUGCAGGCCAGCCCGGCGGGAGCCAGGCCCAGGCACGUGCUUGUCCCCAACUCACAGGGUGGCCUUAGGCCAGUCUCACCUCCCGGUGCCUGGCCAGCUCCUGGCACCUGGAGCAGGGACGGGCCUCCCGCCCUCUGACCACCCACUGCGGCUGAGGCACGAGGCCACCCUUGCCCACAGCCACCCGCGCCCCAGGCCCACAGGUGCCCGGGGCUGCGCAUAAGCCAGACCUUUUCCACUUUGAUUUUUUAAAGAGAGCAGAGGGCUCUGUGGCCUCAGGCCCCGGGAGGGGCCGGGACUGGCGUCUGAGGCCCCGCAGAGGACCCCUCGGGAGAGGCCAGGAGGUGGGGUCAGUCUCGAAGGAAACGGCCACCUUCAUUUGUCCAACCACCCUGAGUUUUAAGUAUAAAUAUUAACCUGAGGCUUUUUAACUAUUGUAUUAACUUGCUGAAAUUUAGAAAUACUGUUUUAAAGGAAAAAAAAAAAACUUUUUUAAUUUCUGUAUUUUUUUCUGUAUUGUAUCCUCAUGGGACAUUAGGGGUUUUCUAUGUAAGCACACCUAAGGUUUUGGUAUAAACAUUAUCAACUAUAUCUCCAGACGAUUCUUCCCUAGAAGAAAAAACAAUCUUUACACCUGAUAAAUAUUUUGGAAAGAGAGGUAUUCUUCUCCUUUACUGGUGCUGAAAGGAAGGAUGGAUAUGUGGACAAAAUAAAACUGUGAGGCUCACG